AUGAAUCGUGUCAAGAGUGUGACGGCCAACUUCUUUGGGGUCGGCGACAACGCCAAGGAAGACCAGAAAAGAUGGCAGUCUCGAAGGUCGCGGCAUCUGAGUCGGCGCCACGGCGGGGUCAAACCUCACUUGGAGGAUGAGGUGGAGCGGGACUUCAUGUCGAUGGGGGCGGUUACGCCCUCCUCUAUUCCUCACAUCAUCGAUCCAUUGGCGAGACCCAAAACACGAACAGCGACGGACGAGACUGACGGCACCCGCCAGCCACUGAAUUCCCAGAUGAGCACGGUGACGGCAGGUAGCAGUGUCUUUCAGAAGCAGGUCUCACAUCGGCUGACGAGGCAGAGCAGCAAGAGGCAGUCGGUGGCCAAAAUGGGAUGGGAUGUCCUACGACAGUCUGUAAGGCAACCCAAAACCGCUCCCAAGCAGAGUGUGAGUCAUGACUGUCUAGUACAGCAGCGCCCGCCGCUACUUCACAGUCGAAGCUUUGCGCCCGCCAGUAUGUGUGUCGAUUACGAAGAUGAUGACGACUUGGAUUCUACGCAAUUCUUUUCACCCGGAGCACUAUCCGACGAACUCAACGACGAGGUAUUCUUUGACUUCUCGCCAAAGCCCGUACGGCGCAAAGUCAAAAAAGACCAGGCGGUACUGAUUGACCCCAUGACCUCUGACCUUACAGAUGAUGACCUCAAGCUACGCCAAGCUGCCUCCCUGCCAACCGUCGUUGAGAACGAAACUGAAAUUGAGCCAGCUGCAAGGAGAGAAAGAGGUGUAGACGAAGCCGAUAGUUUUAUAGGCAAGAUAUCCUCCAGCCUCCCAUACAUUCCAGCAUCUGCAAUUGGAGAUGAAGAGCCUACAGAAGUGGAACCCACCCCUACAGAGGCUAAACCGAUGCCACAGGUUCCCCAGAUGCCGCUACCCCCACUGCCCGUGGUGCGGACCCCAUCAGCUGGAGAGCCUCUAGACGGGAGGGUCGCCAUGGCAAUGGCACAGAUGAUACCAACAGGUAUUGGCUGGCGGAAGAAAAACACAGAAGACCGUUUCCGAGUGGCGCCCAUUCUUGCAGAGGACACGACCGAUGGCGUUCUGCCCUCGAUACGUAGGAAUAAAAUCGCAGAGCAGAUCAUGCAAGGGGCUUACGAUAAUGCGGACAGGAGGCAGAUAGGAAAGGGGCUGGUGGGGAGGGUUCUGAAUCGGAGUUAUAAAUCAAGGAGGAUGGACAGUAAUGUCAGGAAACAGAUCGAAGAGAUUGAAGAUCACAGGCCUUUCUUCACGUACUGGGUUACAACCGUUCAAAUAGUCAUCGUCAUCGUUUCCAUAGCAUUCUAUGGGUUUGCACCAAUCGGCUUCAGCUUUUCGCAGAGGACAGAUCUGGUCCAGCAGUCUAAUCUAGUAAUACAGACAGUAGGUUACAUGGAGCCAGAUAACUUCUGGAUUGGUCCUAGACCGGCAGAUUUAAUACAUUUAGGAGCUAAGUUUUCACCGUGUAUGCAUCGAGACAGUCAAGUGCAUCUUCAAAUCGAUGACGCAAGAGGCGCAGAGAGUGACACCGGUUGUUGUAUAAGGACAGAUAAAUCUGGCUGUGUACAAACAGAAAGAAAAGACUGCCCGACAAGGUUUUCAAAUUUCAUGAAGUGGCCAGACAACACUGACCCCGAAAACUCAAGAGUGUCUGGCCCCGUUUGUGGUCAAGAUCCAAGAUCGUGUGCAACGCCUGCAUCAGUCGCUCCAUACGAAUGGAAAGAUAACAUCACCAAUUGGCCUAUAUGCUGGGAAAGCUAUGAGAUACCAGACCAGGAGCACACAACGUGUGAACUGACUGGUCGGCCAUGUUGUAUUGGUAUCUAUGGUACAUGUCAGAUUGUUAGCCAAGAUCAGUGCACGUUUGUCAAUGGUUACUAUCAUGAGGAAGCUACUCUCUGCUCUCAGGUGAACUGCAUGUACGAUGUCUGUGGUCUGGUCAUCUUUGUUGAUCCAGAGUUUCCUGACCAGAUCUACCGCAUCUUUCUUUCACUGUUCCUUCAUGCUGGAAUUUUCCACUGUAUCUUGAGCUCCAUUAUGCAAAUGACUAUCCUACGAGAUCUGGAGAAGCUGGCAGGAUGUUUCCGGAUAUCGGUCAUUUACAUAUUCAGCGGCAUCGGAGGCAAUAUAACUAGUGCAAUAUUCAUUCCGUACAGAGCAGAGACUGGACCAGCUGGAGCCCAGUUUGGCCUUCUUGCCUGCCUCGUCGUUGAGGUCCUCCAGAGCUGGCAGAUUCUCAAGUCUCCCUUCAAGGCUCUGGCCAAGUUGCUCUUCAUCAUCGGGCUCCUCUUCAUCCUGGGGCUUCUCCCGUGGAUCGACAACUACGCCCAUCUCGGCGGCUUCAUCUGUGGCACCUUCCUCUCCUUCAUCUUCCUCCCGUACAUCUACUUCGGGGAGUUUGACCGCACCCGGAAACGAUUCCAGAUCCUCAUCAGCAUCUUCCUCCUGACGGCCUACUUCUGCCUCGUCUUCACCGUCUUCUACCUCCGCCUCCUCAAGGACUGCACCUGGUGCCAGUACUUCAACUGCGUGCCACUGACGGACGACUUCUGCAACGACAUGGAUCUCAGACUGGAGAAGAUUCCCACGUGAGACGGUGCUUUUUGUUGAUGGGUCACAAGAGGGCGCCCUUCGCAUCCGACAGUGCCUACCUGUUUUUCGAUUGGCAAGAUAUGUGGCUUUUCCCUCAACUUCCGAGAAACCAGUGAAGGACGAACUGUCUUCAAGUUUUUAACAUCCAUCAAAUUCAGUUGUGCUUCAUGUAAUGAAAUCUUUGUUAAGAAGAGCAGUCAUGUCGACAAAAUUCUAAACUACUGUGGUUUCUAUGAAGUAGAACCCGGAGAUUCCUGUGUGUCUCAAAGAGGCAAUAUGGAGAUACUGAUAUAGAUUUGAAUCUUAUCUGGUACAGUGGCUUGACGACAAUCAUAGAAAGUAUAACCAGGCCUUUUGUGCUCAAUCAUACUUUACACAAGUGUCUUGCAUCUGUUGCAUACAGUAAGGGGCUCUUAAGAAAAGAAAGAUGGCACCCUCUUCUUUCCUCGAGUCUCCAUGUAUUUUUUAUGAAAGUCCCAGAUGCCCAUUUAGUCACCUACUCAUUUCAUUUUUAAUAGUCGUUUCCCUUGUGUUUAAACAUUUUUAAUUGAUGUUAUGAAUUGUGUUUAAUGGUCAUUCCAACAAAAUUGAGUAAAUUUGGGGUUUUAGUUUUGUUACGUUUUGUACAAAACAAUGCAAGAUAUUCUCAAUCUUCCUAAGGGUGGAUACACAACAGUAAUUUUUUAAAUGGUGCCUUUGUUACAUAAUUUUGCUAUAUUUAAAUCCUUAUUUGACCAUUCUUGUUUGGAUCCCUGUAUACCCAGUAUGAUAACCUUGAUGAUGGAUCUAGUAGCUGGGGGAACUGUGAUGGCACAGCCUUGUUUUUGAGCUCAUGAACAAUAGAGGGCGCUGUUCAAUUUUAGUUUAGAUCUGGGAUCCUUCAUUGAAUGUUGUUCGGUAACCUUAUUCCGGUGAGCAUAACUUUAUUGUACUUGGCAACUUUGUCUUUCUGUAUGAAAUUGGACCUGGCAAGAACACCAGUUGGUUCUCUUACUUGAAGCUGUCUUUAAUUUUGGAAGUUUCAAUUUACCCACCAGCCCCUAUCAACUCUUUUGACUUUACCAUAGUGGCUGUUUUGUCUCCUCCACACGCAC